AUGACCCUAUCUCAAAUGGUCAAGACAGAGUUAGCAUGGUGGAUAGAAAACAUUGAUAUGGCAUCUAGACCAAUAAUGUUCGGUUAUCCAGACAUCACUAUUACAACUGAUGCCUCAAACUUAGGUUGGGGCGCUGUCUGUAAUGGGACUAAAACUGGAGGACCCUAAGGUAAAGAUGAAGCAGACUUUCACAUCAACUACUUAGGGAUGAAGGCAGUACUUCUAGGCCUAACAUCCCUUUGUAAUAAUACCACAGGGAAACACAGAGUCCAGUCUGACAACACUACUACUGUCUCAUAUAUCAAUGAAAUGGGAGGAAUAAAAUCUGUCUUGUGCAAUGAUAUGGCUCAAACCAUAUGGGCAUGGUGUAUUGAUUCUAAUAUAUGGUUAAGUGCUUGUCAUAUUCCAGGUUCUCAAAAUACUGAUGCUGACAAGCAAUCAAGAGUAUUCAAUGUAUCAACUGAGUGGUCCCUAUGCACUCUGGUUUUUGAAGACAUUCAAAAACUUUGGGGAAAAUUUGAUGUAGACUUAUUUGCCUCAAAACUGAACCUCCAAAUCCCUCAUUAUGUCUCUUGGCGACCAGACCCCAAUGCCAUGUUUGUCAACGCUCUGUAUAUGAAUUGGCACAAUUAAUCAUUUUAUGCAUUUCCGCCUUUCAGUUUAAUUGGAACGUGCCUUCAGAAGAUUCAACAGGACCGCGCAACAGGCGUAGUAAUAGUCCCCUCUGGCCAACCCAACCUUGGUUUACAGUUCUCCUUUAUCUACCUACGGACAACCCUCCGAUUCUACCAUGCUUCAAAACCCUCCUGACAGUCUCACAACGGUGCACUUCACCCCUUGAGGAACAAGCUGCAGCUAAUAGCCUGCAAACCCUCAGGCGAACGUUUGAACAGAGAGGCAUUUCAAGCCAAGCUACCGAUAUCAUCAUCCAAUCUUGGACUUCUGGAACCCAGAAACAAUAUCAACCAUACAUCAAGAAGUGGCUUGAAUUUUGUCAUGGAAGGGAGAACAAUCCAUAUGAUUCACCUAUAGCAACUGUGCUUGACUUUUUGGUGAGUCUUCAUGAGAAGGGACUAGGAUAUUCAACCCUGAACACUGCUAGGGGUGCAAUUUCUGUGAUUGUUCUUCCACAUAACGAUGUCACAAUAGGGAGCAAUCCUAUUAUCUCCAGGUUUAUGAAAGGAAUUUUCAAAACAACCCGCCUACACCUCGUUACAAGACAACAUGGGACCCUCAUAUUGUUUUGAAUUACCUCUCAUCCCUUGGUACAGGGGACAAAUUGACAUUGAAACUACUGUCAAUGAAACUGCUAAUGUUAACUGCAUUGGUAUCAGCUGAAAGAGGACAAAGUCUCCACAUGUUGGAUAUCCGGUUUAUAAAGGAAGGUGAGACAGUUUGA